UCUCUCUCUCUCUCUCUGUUCGCGUCGGCUUUAGGUCUUCUCCGGGAGGUAUUUUCCAAACCCAAUUAACGCCGGGAGGCAAAAACGGUGACCCUCUUAUCCUUUGCCCUUUGCCUUCUCACCCACAAAGUGGAAAUCAAUGAGAAAAUGCUCCUUAAUCUCAACGUUUUAGAGAUCCAUCAUAUUACCCACCAAGCUACCUCUUCUUAUUUUGUUUCUCACCUUCGCCACCGCCAUGUCAAGAUUUCUUAUCUAUAGACUCGUUGGAAAACACACUCAAUCUCUUUGGUCGAACCAGAGAGAGACAAGAUCCCAAUGGGGAAGCUUCAGAACUGCUGUUACAUCUUCUCUAAGGUCUCCUCAGUUCAGAGUUCACUCUUCCUCCGCUAGAGUUCCCAGUAAUGUGCAUCACCUCUCGCGGCGUUAUUCUACAACCCUCUCUGCGAGAAAUGUAGUUACUCAUCAUGCUCGAGUUGCUUUGAAAAGACUUCACCAUAAGUACUCUAUGCGACAAUGGAACUUACCUCGUAUCAACAUCAUUGCUCAAGCCUUCUGCUUGUCUCUCUCCCGUUCACACUUGUUAAUCCCCGGCAUCGUCGCCGUCACUAGUGGAAAACUAGCUUUGGCGCAGAAGAGAGCUCCCCACUUAGAUCCCUAUCCUUCACAUAAAUCACUCUACACAAGGGCAAAGAACGGUCCCAUCUUUAUAACUUCGUUGCUGUUUUCCCUUGUAGAGUUUUUCAUUUUGAUUGGGAGGGCUUUCUAUAUAUCUUGUUUGUUUACUCCCAGUAUCCUCAUGGGUCUGGUCGUUGGAACAUGUGGGCCAAGGUUUAGGAAACUAUGGCUUGAGAUGGUUCAUCGAACUCUCGAAAGAGCAGGUCCUGCUUUCAUCAAAUGGGGUCAAUGGGCAGCUACUAGACCUGAUCUUUUCCCCAAGGAUCUUUGCACACAGCUCUCGAAGCUUCACAGUGAUGCUCCUCAGCAUAGCUUUGCCUACACUAAAAAGACUAUAGAGAAGGCCUUUGGUCGUAAGCUCUCCGAAAUAUUUGAGGAGUUUGAAGAGGCACCCUUGGCGUCAGGGAGUAUUGCUCAAGUCCAUAGAGCUUCUUUGAGGUUUCAGUAUCCAGGACAAAAGUCAAAGUCUUCUUUGGUUGCUGUUAAAGUUAGACAUCCUGGUGUUGGUGAAUCGAUAAGGAGAGAUUUUGUGAUCAUCAAUUUUGUGGCGAGGAUGUCGACUUUAGUUCCGGCUUUGAAAUGGUUGAGAUUGGACGAGAGUGUGCAACAGUUUGGUGUCUUCAUGUUGUCUCAAGUUGAUCUGGCGAGGGAAGCUUCUCAUUUGAGUAGGUUUAUAUAUAACUUCAGGAGAUGGAAAGAUGUGUCUUUCCCUAAACCUGUGUAUCCCCUUGUACACCCUGCUGUUUUGGUGGAGACAUAUGAGCAUGGAGAAAGUGUAGCUGGUUAUGUUGAUGGCAUGGAAGGAGAAGGACAUGAAUGGAUUAAAACUAGAUUAGCUCACAUUGGGACUCAUGCUCUCUUGAAGAUGCUUCUGGUUGAUAACUUUAUUCACGCUGAUAUGCAUCCUGGGAACAUCCUUGUCCGGAAGAAGGCUUCUCGUGGAGUGUUCAAAACAAAGAAGCCACACAUUGUUUUUCUUGAUGUUGGAAUGACUGCAGAGCUAUCAAAGAACGACAGAGAGAACUUGCUUGAUUUUUUCAAGGCGGUUGCGCUUAGAGAUGGCCGGACUGCUGCUGAGAGAACGCUUAAGUUGUCUAGAAAGCAAAACUGUCCCAAUCCAGAGGCUUUUAUUGAGGAAGUAGAAGAAGCAUUCAAAUUCUGGGGAACCCCUGAGGGAGAUUUAGUACAUCCAGCAGAUUGCAUGCACGAGUUACUUGAGAAAGUGAGACGUCAUAGAGUUAAUAUUGAUGGGAAUGUGUGCACUGUGAUGGUCACUACAUUAGUUCUCGAGGGUUGGCAAAGGAAACUUGAUCCAGGAUAUGAUGUGAUGCACACGCUGCAAACAAUGGUGUUGAAAACCGACUGGGCUAAGUCUCUUUCUUACACGGUGGAUGGUCUGAUGGCACCGUAGGAGAAGAAAGGUUUCCAUCUUUCUUUAAAUUUUGUUUGUCAUCAUAAUAGGAGUGGCCAAGUUUUACACAUCUUAGAUGAGGGAACAUAGAAAGAAAGUACAUGUUCUUGAUGUUCAUCUUUGUUUAUUUCUCUAUUCUUUUUUUUUUUUUUGCUUUUUGCUGUUAUGGAUUUUGGUUCAUUCUAACUACGUAGAUUGUAUUUACGCGGUUGGUUACCUGUAUUAACCUCCCGUUUGUUCUCUGAACCGAAGAACAGUGAACAUAAAACAAUGAAAACUAGUGCCUGAGAAUGAUGAUGGUGCAGAGAAUUUGAAUAAAGUGUUCUCUUUGUAUGUA